AUCGACUCCCGAGCUCUGCACAAGGAUUGGUACCGCGACAGACAACCGUAUCUUUUUGAUCAAAUCUUCUCUCUCCAUCCAACAGAGACCUCCUCUCACAAUUUCAAAAAUCUCCAGAGCAAACACAAAGUUUCGAGAACCCAUCUCUUUUCCUUUCCUUGCAAGCAAUCCUCCUUCAAAAAUGACCAUUGAUAUCCGCAAAAACUCCGCAAUGAUGAGCCAAGCCGAAUGGCUCCGAGCUUCCGAAGUCCUCAAGUUGAUCCGAGAUUUCGGAACCACCGAUGCCAGCAAAUACUACAGCCAGUCGAUCGAUGAGCUUGGUCAAGGAAACUACCGUGGAGCCAUUAACUUGUCGUGGGUGGCCUUUGACGAAACGCCCAAGGGAUGCUACCUGCGAUUCCACACCUUCCAGCAUCACUGCCGUGUUCUCAUUGGCAACGGCUCUCUCGUUUCUCUCCAAGACAUGAUCUACCUCCAUCAAGUUGCUCAAGACAAACAAGAAGAGACCUUGUGCCGUGUCGAGGCAUUGCAGGUCUUGGGAGAGCUCAAGGGUAUUGUCGUCGGGGACGUUGGCGCCUCAGUGGUGUUUUCGAAAAUGGCACUGGAAGUGGCCAAUCAAGCCACGCCACGAGAACUAGAGCAGAAGAUUUUCCUCAACAGCGAGUAUGAUGUCUCUGUCGGAGAAAUCCUGGAAGAGUUUUCGUUGCGAUGCCUGGCCAUGCUGGAUGCUAACAAGACGGCUACCGUCGGUGUCAUCGAAAAGGCUCCCUUCGUCGUUCGGUCAUCCUUCGAUUUCGGAACAUCCCUCGAGGAAACGAAAAUGGAACACCCUGAAGGGUUCUAACUAAGCAUCAAAGUUAGCAAGGGAAGCCCUACCGAGACAUGUUGUUGACCAAGAAGACUUGGAUGGCUUGGGCGGAACCUUCGUGCGAGCGAGUUGCAUGUUGGUACCGGUACCGUAUGAGUAAACUGAAGCGAAUCGUUAAUUAAAUGAGCAAGUCAUUACUAAUAACCUACAAUCAAAACACU